CAGGCCUGUCUUGAUGCCUUUGGUGCUGGAAUCAUUACAAAAGAGAGAGCUUGCUUUGUUUUCUCCUGGCAACACCCCACUGAGGCGAGGGGCUCUCUCUGGCCCUCCUCGCCGGGCUGUGACCGAAGAGCCUCUCCAAAGCGCACAGGCAGCGCACGAGGCUGACGUCUGUACCCGUUGGAGAGGCAAAUGCUCCUGCCAGGCGGCCAGCUCAGGCAGGGAGGAAAGCGCCUCUCCGGCUCAUUCAGCCAAACGCUGCUGCUGCUGCUGCGCAGGGGACGUGGCCUCAAGCUCUCCUUUCCGCCACCUGCUCGCUCGCUCCAGAGGAAGCUGCUGCUCAUUGCUAACAGCCGGGACCUCUGGAUUCACUGUCCAAUAACCAGGGCUUCCUUCCUGCAAGCAGCGGAAGCAGAACAGGAAUCACAGGUGACAGUUUCUGGGAGGAAUCUAGCAUUUUUUAUUGACCCAUAAAAUUUAGAGCGGAGAAAAAUGAAGCUUCUGUAUUUAAUAGCUCUCAUUUGCCUGUUUCCUCAAAGCGAAGAGAAUCCGUUAAGCAGUGACAAUGCCGGCCCCCGAAGAUCAUUUGAAGACAUUAAGAGGGAGAUAGCGGGCUAUUCAGAUGUUGCUAAGAAGAUUAUCGACCUUUCCAUCCAUGGCAAGGCUCAGAACAGAUCCUAUGAAAGGCUUGCAUUCUUUGUGGACACUUUCGGGCCGAGAGUGAGUGGUUCCAGAAACCUAGAACUAGCUAUCCAGUACAUGCACAAAGUCUUGAAGGAAGAUGGCCUGGAAAAUGUCCACCUGGAGCCGGCAAAAAUCCCCCACUGGGAAAGGGGGGAAGAGUCAGCAAUGAUGAUGAAACCACGGAACUACAGCAUUGCCCUAUUAGGGCUUGGUGGCAGCAUUGGGACUCCUCCAGAAGGCAUUACGGCUGAGGUCUUAGUGGUGACUUCCUUUGACGACCUGCACAAAAAAGCUCAGGAAGCCCAAGGAAAGAUCAUUGUUUACAACCAGCAGUUUGUCAGCUAUGGUGAAACAGUCCUGAACAGAGUUCGAGGAGCAGUGGAAGCAGCUAAAGUGGGAGCGAAGGCAUCUCUUAUCAAGUCUAUUACUCCGUUUUCCAUCCAUAGCCCACACACUGGGAUACAAGAAUACCAAUCUGAUGUACCCAAGAUUCCCACUGCCUGCAUUUCAGUGGAAGAUGCUGAAAUGAUGAGCCGGAUGUCUUCCCGAGGCACCAAGAUUGUUGUGACCCUGAAGAUGGGAGCCAAAACCUACCCCGAUGCUGAUUCCUUUAACACGGUUGCAGAGAUCAUUGGGAGCACGUACCCCGAGCAGGUUGUCCUGGUCAGUGGACAUCUGGACAGCUGGGAUGUAGGGCAAGGAGCCAUGGAUGACGGCGGUGGAGCAUUUAUAUCAUGGGAAGCAUUAUCGCUCAUUAAAGAUCUUGGGCUCCGUCCCAAGAGAACUCUGCGUCUACUGCUUUGGACUGGAGAAGAACAAGGCGGAAUAGGAGCUGAACAAUACUACAAGAUGCAUAAAGAGAACAUCUCCAACUUUGACAUGGUGAUGGAGUCUGAUGAGGGGACAUUCAUGCCCACCGGCCUGGCUUUCACAGGCAGUGAUAAAGCUCGUGACAUCAUGAAGGAGAUCAUGAAGUUGCUGAAGCCCAUCAAUGUUACUGAUGUCUUUGAAAACGGUGAAGGAACAGACAUUAACUACUGGAUACAUGAUGGAAUACCAGCUGCCAGCUUGCGUGAUGAUCUCACUAGGUACUUUUGGUUUCAUCAUUCCCAAGGGGACACAAUGACAGUUCAGGAUCCUAUCCAGAUGAAUCUCUGUGCUGCUCUUUGGACUGUGGUGUCCUAUGUAAUUGCUGACAUGGAUGAGAAGAUACCAAUGUAAUUAAAAAGAAGGAGGAGGGGAAAAAUUGAUCUUUUCCAGAGCAGACAAGGAAUGCACGUGGCCUAUUGCUGUGAUGAAAUCCUGUUUUUCCUUUAAAAGCUUGUGUCAAAUAUGUUCUUUUAAUUAUGCAGCCCUGCUUCGAUUUCCUGAUGAUUGUUUCCUGCUACGUAUAUUAAAUUCUGUGAUUUUCCUAGAGCUGCUCUGCUGUGCCACUCACAGCAGCUUUCGGUAAAACAGGAGAACCCGUUACCUCCUGAGUACUUUAAAUAAAUGUGUUACAUACAA